CGAGUCCGAAAAUUAGUGAACAAUGCAAUAUUUCCUGUGGCUGCUCAGUCCCGUAGUACAUAAAGAACUAUUAUUUCCUUUGCAAGGUGCCAUACGGAAGUCGACUUAAUUCUUUUCCUUUCUUGUCGAUAUAACAUCCGCAUUGAAGUGCCUCUGUUUAAGGCUUUAAUGGAAGUGCAUCAAUGCCUUUGUAUCAAUAAUUUUUAUUAGAGACCUUUUCAUUCCAUUCUAAAUGUGUUUUUUUUUUUGUUUUUUUUUGGAGUAGGGAUCUACAUUAUGAGAUUAGAUUAAUUUAGAGUCUAGAUCUAGUAUCUAGAUCUAGAUGUAGAUCUACUAGAAUCUAGUGUCGCAAAACACAAAACAUGAGCUAAGGUCGGAAUCAGACCUAGACUAAAUCCAGUUUCAAGUUUCGACAUCAAGAUGUUGAGUAAUGAACUACUAUCUCGUCUAGAUUGAAUGAAGAGUUACGCCGCAAUUCGAUUCCUCUUAAUUUGUAUGUUUCCUAAACCUUCAGACAGCUUGUGUGCAUCAGGGAAGGAUGUAGAAACGUUGACCUCUUGGAGGGGUAAAAUCUCAAGUCCUGGUCUAUUAGAAGGCGGCUACCCAAACAAUCAACUUUGUCGUUGGAAUAUCAUCUUACCUAGUGCCUUAAAGAUCAUUCUGACGAUAGAGAAUACGGAUUUGCAGGAGCCUGUGAAUGGGAGUUGCUCUGAUUAUCUGCAGAUCUCCACCGGGAACAGUACACUUGUAUUCACCUGCGGUUCCCGAAAAACGCCCCAAUUUGUGUCCACACUUGAAACGUCGGUGAACGUGACUUUCCACUCAGACGAGAACGACGAAGACAACAAGGGGUUUCGACUCACUUACACAGGUAUAUGUGAUGGCAACAUCAGCAAUAGUAUGGUUCUAUUCACACCCGGGUAUCCAAACAAACCUACUUGGAAUAUGAUUUGCUUAUGGUUUAUUGAAGCUGACCAAAGAAUUGUCAUGCUCCAAUUAGAAGGGUUAAACAAGGAGAUUCCUGCUUGCGACCAAUCCCCAUUGGAGCUUUCCAACAACACCCAGCAAAGCCGCCUAUGUUCCAGUGAAGAGGUCUUGUUGCAAGGACAAGUGAAGUUAAAAAUGACAAUUAACAACACUAUCAAACGCUGGAUUGGGAAAAUACACUUGACAUUUCGACCCCCAAUGAAGUGUGGCUCAACCCCGUCCGAACCGGCCACUAUGUCGAAUUGGUCAGCAGAGUUUAAGAGCCCUGGAUUUGACAGUGGUCUGUAUGACAACAAUCAGCGAUGCAUCUGGGUCAUUAAUAUUCCCAGUGCGGCAAAAAUCCAAAUCACUUUUAAAACUUUUAAUCUCAACAGUAAUGAAAAUGAGUGUGAUGACUAUGUAGAGGUCACAGAUUCUGAGAGCGUCUUGUUUUUUGACUGUGGUUACAUAACAACACCUUUUCAAGUGACCUCCUUGGAGAAUCAGAUUCAGGUUGUUUUUUACAGUGAUUAUGAAAAUACAUCUAUUGGAUUCAAUGCUGUAUAUGAAGGUUUGUGUGGAGGUGUGGUCGAGAACAGUGUCCUCCUGAGAACGCCCAACUACCCGAGUGCUCCACAAUCCAAUACAGUGUGCCGCUGGUUUGUGGGAUCUGAGUUUCAUGUAUCUAUCAUCGCCGUUGUCAACGAAACACUGUCACCAUUGCCGAGCUGUAAUAUGAACACCGCUGUGGUGUACAGUGAAUUCGAGAGCAGGAAUUAUACCGAUAGCCUGUGUUCGUCUAACAUGGCUGUUAUCAGAAGGCAAGCAUUGAUUCUGAUCUAUAAUUUUGUACAGCCCACUACCAUUAAAGACAAGACUGUGGGCAACUGGUGGGGUCAAUUCAACGUCACUAUUUCUCCUGUACUCGGUUAUGGACAUUGCGAGAAUCUGUGCAACUCUGACAUCUGUACUGUGAAGGUCACUGCAGAGACCAAUCGGUACCAGUGUAUAUGUAAACGAAAGCAGAAGUUAGUUAUCUGCGACUCACAGAAGUUGUGCACAGUGGAAGAAUGUUUUCUAGAUCAGCCCUUUUGUUCUACGGAAGCUACGCCUAGCAGUGGAGAUAAAAGUAUCACUUGGAACAACACAAUUGUAGGCCAAUAUGAUGUCAGUAUUUGUCCAAACGAUGCUGUCGGUGAAUCUCUUAGACAAUGUACUGGCUAUACAAAUAGUUCCAAAGUAGGCAAGUGGCUAAAUCCGGAUAUGUCCUUUUGUUCAGUCAAAGGACAAACUUUUUGGCUCCAGAUGAUCAACAUGACUAGAUGCCACGGUAACAAGUCUAACAGUCUAACAACUUUCAUACAAGCAGUAGACGACUUCACCAGUCCGAUCAAGUCAUCCCCUGUUGGAGCUAAUGUUGUCUUGCCUGGAGAUUUUUUCAUUGUGGCCAGUACAUUGGAGCAGCUCCUUCAACAGUUUCAAAAUGUAACCAAAUUGGGAGAGAAACUCGCUAUUCAGUAUAUUAAAAACGUAUUGAAUAUCGUGGAUAGCCUUGUAGGUCAACAAACUUUUCAUUACUUAAAAUAUACAAGAAAGAAACUCGUGCUACAGAUGCUGGAACGGACAAUAAGCUCCGCCCAAAGAUUAGUUCAAAAUGUCUUGUUGAAAAAUUUAACAUCAGAUGCUUUGGAUUCAAUCAACUCUUUAAAAUUUGAAAACCUAGAAUUACAGAUUCAAGAGUGGACUACAGCCAAAGAGAUUAUCUUCGACGGAGUGAACGUCUAUAUACCCCCUAAACAAGCUGAGUUAUUCUUUAAACAAGAUUUUGAAAAACGAUUGACUUUCAUCAAGUAUUAUCAUAUAUCGGACAUCAUGCAAAUGUGGACGGGCCCACAAAUCAUCCAAACAAGUGAAACAGCUCAGCUGAUUAGUCCGCUACUAUCUAUGAGACUCGUGGACCCAAAUGAGUUUGACGACGAUAACAGCAGCAUUAAAGAACCAGUGGAAGUCACAUUCACAUUUCCGGAAAAAUCCAAUGUUACACUCUCUUCUGACUUGACGUUACGGUGUGGUGAGCUGAAUCUAUACUCCGACUCCUAUGACAAACUGUGGCAUUACGAUGCAUGCACGCUUAUUAAUUUAACAGUCACAAGUGUUGUGUGUCAAUGUCAAAAAAUGGUCGAUGUUGGAAUUAUUAAUCUUAUACCCCAAGAGAAACCAGAAAAACCUGAGAGUCAGAGUGAAAAUGAAGUUUAUGUUGGAUUCGCCUUCAGUAUUCUAUCUUGCAUCUUUCUCCUGGGUGUGCUGCAAACUAAGAGUGAAGGCCUGGAUGUAGUCAUCUGGAAUCUUGGGUUGACUCUACUACUAUUUGAGAUCUGUUUUUUGUUCUUCUGGAUGUCCAGGCUCGACAAAACUGUAGAAUCAGUGCUGUGCUACUUCCUACUGAUCCCUGUGCACUUUAGUUUUACCGCCACCUGCUUCUGGUUCUGCUGUUUGUCCAUACAGAUCUUCCUGAUACUAAUUGCCUGGAAAGGGUUGUGUAUUGGUGUCAUGCAAAUCCUUUCAUGGGUUGUGCCUAUUGUUUUUGUUGCCGCUAUUGUGGCCACCUUCCAAACCUCUUACACGGAGCCUGAACGCUGUUUGAUGACUAGAAAUAUUCUCGUGACUUUCGCUUUUCCUCCAACUGCAGUCGUCGCAGGGGUCAUGAUGGUGAUGUACUUCAUUUCUGGGCUUCUAGUGGCUCAGCUUGAAGUGGAAGAUAAGGUUACUGUUGUGGUUCAUCUCCUAGUUGGCAUUGUCGUCUUUGCGUUAUUCUACGGGGCUGUACUUUGUGCAUUGCUCAGUUUGUACAUUGAGCGUGUUGUUUUUCGCUACCUGUUUACACUGCUCAACAGCAUGACUGGAAUAAUCUUGUUUUUGUUCUAUGGCGUCUCGGGGGUAGAGCUAAAAGAUGAAUUACUGACGCCAUUGAGCAAGCAACAAACAACUACAAAGAGAGACAGUAAACACAACGAGGAACAGGAACAGGAGAAGAAAAGGGUAGUGGGAUCCCCAGUGGUUAGCAGACCUUAUGACACUAAACCUGUGAUAUCUGAAGUACGUAACUCUACUGUGACUGGAGCUUUUGUUGAGAACAGCGGUGCAGCGGUGAAAGCUUUCCCUUCGAAAAACCAAGUAACAUUUCGAGAAGGAAGCGACUCCUCUAGCGAUUCCAACUCGGACUUAACGAUCAAUAAUGACGAUUUUCAAAAUGACUCAGAAGACUCCCGUCCUAGAAAAUCAGGUAUUGAAAAAAAGAAUCGGAGCAAACCAUCGAAUUCUGAUCAUUUUCACACAAGGAGGUCUUCAAGUCUCCAAAAUAUCCAUGAAGAUAGGGUCAGUGCUUCUAGAGAAGGUCUUAGGGUUAGUGGAGCGUCUAGGGCAAGCUUCUCCAGUAGAGUGCUUUCUCCUGAGGUCAAAUUUGUUAAAACAGCUACGCAACUCACAGAAGCUGAAAUUAAAGAGAAAGGCUCUGCGGUUGAUCCCUAAUUUCAAUCAUGAGAGUCGCGAACCCAUUCUAGAUUGCGCCUUCCUUAGAAGUGAUCAAACGUCAAUGUAUACUCACACUAACAAUAUAUUUCUUGUUGGUCAUUUGAUAAUGAGAAAAAAAUAGAGCUAUUUCAUUUCAAUGAAUUUUGACAAUAAAAUGGUUACUUUUGUA